UAAAGAAUCAAAAUUAACAAAAAAAAAGUUCUAAUUUAUUGAUUAACAGUUUUGUUGUUUUUGAUUACAACAAUUAAUUAUAUUGUUAUUAAUUACCAGGAUGCCAAGAAAGAAACAGGAUCGACCUAAACGAUCAGAAAGUGAGAUUCCAUUGGAUUUAACGAUUAAAAAAUCUGAAGAUGAAUCAGAAACUGAAUCAACCUCAACAACAACAACAAUUAUUAAAUCAACUGGAUCACCAGCACCUCGAUCACCAUCAUCACCAGGAACUGUUAGUGUAUCAAUUUUUGUCUCACCAAAUCCAAAAAGAUCAGGAUCACCUUUAUCAUCCUCAUCUUCCUCUUCAACAACUCACACCAACACCUCCAAAUCUUCAGGGAGUAACAGAUCAAAUAAAAUGUUGAAUAAUAGUAAUAAUUUUCAUUCAUCUUCAUCAUCAACCUUAAACACUUCACUAUCAAUUGGAAUUACCAAAAAUAAUAGUGAUAAUCAUCAGCAUCAUAAUAAUAGUCGCUCAAAAGAUGGAGGUGGAAAUGGUGCUAAUCGCCAGAAUCCAUGGCAAACCCAAUGGAUUAACCGAUCAUCUGAACAGAAUCGAGAUGUUUUCACUUGUGUCUGGUGUAAGGAUAGUUUCCGGUCAUUGGCGGAAAUGACCCAACACAUGAAAGCAUCACCAAGAUGUGGGAUGGCUGGGAUGCAACAAGCAACUUCAACCAGUAGUAAUACAAUUAAUAAUAAUAAUAAUGCAAAUAAUAGUAAUAAUAAUAAUAAAGAAACCAAUUCGAUAACUAUUUCUGCUUCCGGUUCAACAACGAUAACAACUACUGCAAACUCAUCAACAGGUACAUAUCCGUUAUCAGUGCCAUCCAUUGCUGCACUUGCUGCAGCAGCAUCAUCAUCAGGAUCUUUAUCAUCAUCAUCAACAACAACAACAACUAAUGUUAAUAGUAAAGGUAAAAAUUCAUUAAUUUAUGAUUCAAGGGAAUCAUCAACUACUCCCCUUUCAAUCAAAUCAUCAUCAUCAUCUCUAUCAGUGUCUCCAUCACUUCAUCAUCAUCCUUCACCCACUUCCCACCAAGGAUCAAAUAGUACGAAUACCAAUCUGCCAAAUCAAAAUUCAACCAAAGAACCGAUGAGUUCAGCAGUUUUAGCCAAGAACAGUGUCAACUUGCCCCGUAAAUUGGUUCGUGGUCAAGACGUUUGGUUGGGCCGAGGCGCUGAACAAACAAGACAAAUACUCAAAUGUAUGUGGUGUGGACAAUCAUUUAAGACACUUGAAGAUAUGACCCGUCACAUGAGGGUCACUCAGCAUUACACGAAUAUCAUCAGUCAGGAGCAGAUUAUUUCCUGGAAAACUCCGGAGGAUAAAUUGGCUCAGGCCCAUGUGAAUGCAGUUCUUACCUGUAAGGUGUGCGAUGAAUCGUUUGGUUCAUUGAAAGAAUUGUCUAAUCAUAUAAUCAAGAAUGCUCAUUAUAAGGAACACAUCAUACGAAGUAUGACCGAGGGUGGACAUGGUCGUCGUCGGCAGACUCGAGAGAGAAGGAAAAAAUCACUCCCAGUUAGAAAGUUAUUAGAAUUGGAGAGGAUGGAAUUGGUUGGUAAAGAGGGUGGUGAAGGUGAGGGAACUUCAGGAGGUGGUGGAGGGCGAGGUGAUCAUGAGGGUGAAAUGGAAGGUGAUGAAUCUUGUUCUUCAGGGGAAAGAGCUUCAUCUGCAUCUCCCUCUCCAGCACCGACCUCCUUUCAAUCAGCUGUUCAUCCUUCAUCAUCUCCUUCCCUAUUACCUCCUCCACCUCCACCUCCUGCUCACCAAAAUUCAUCCCAUCAUCAUCAUCCUCAUCAUCCACCUUCUUCCUCUUCUCAUCAUUCCAUAUCGAAUCUUAAAUCAUCCUCAUCUCGUAGUGCCAAAAAUGAUUACAAUAAUCAUCAUCAUCCUCAUCAAAUGAUUAUCAAUCCAACAGAAAUAACCGGAUCAAGAUCAUCAUCAACCUCAUCUUCAUCAUCAUCAAUGAUUACCUGUGAUGAGUGUAAUGAAAAACUGGAUGCCAAAAAUUUUAUCGCUCACAUCAAAAUUUGUAAAUCACUUCCAUCCUCAUCAGUUGAUAGGAAAUCACCAAGUCUUACCAAAUCAUCACCACCACCUCACCAAAUUUUACUUCCCUCAAGUCCAGCUCGUGUAAAUGUCAAUACAAUUAAUUUAUCUUCAUCACUUAAGGUGCCAACAUCAUCAUCAUCCUCAUCACCUUUAUCAACAAAUGCCAAUAAUAAAAACAAAGAGAUUAUCAAUUCAAGUAACAAUAAUAAAGAUUCAGAGGGAGGAAUAAGAAUUAAAGUUGAACCAACAACUGGAAGUUCAAUUUUAAGCUCAUUUGGAUUGAAUCAUCAAGGUUCAGCUGAUGAGCCGCUUGUAAGUUCAGGUAAUUCACCGCCGAUGGGAAGUGGGUCUUUCCUUUCAUCUAUUGAAAAGUUGAUUGAAAAAUCAUUUGAUUCAAAAUCGCGACGAAAUCAAACAACCGGCAUUUUACAGAGACUUGGAAUCGAUGAGGAGGUUUGCCCGCCGUGGCAAAGUCUUUCCGGUUCUUCUCCAACAAGUGGUCAUCAAGGUGGACCGGGUGGUCAUUCUUCUGGUCCAUCGUUCGCAUCUUGGUCAGCACAAUUGGAAAAAUACUCAUUUCACAAUUUAAAGGAACGAUUGUCAACAAGUCCCGUACCUUCUGGAGCAUCAUCUUCAUGUAUUGGUGCUCGCGGUGAAAAUGGUUCUCUAUCAUCAUCGGCAUCUUCAUGUGACGAUUCAAAUAGUUCACUAGGGCCUAGUCCUCAUCCGCUUCUUAAAUUGCAACAAUUACAUUCUGAAUCAUCAGCUAACCAAAACACCAAUCACACCAACAGUAAACAACAUAAUCGUAAUCGGAAAAUAUCAAUCACUGAGGCCAAAUUACCUGCCACAGGCUCACCUUCAGCCGCAGCCUUAGCGGCAGCAGCCGCAGCAGCAGCGACAACAACCAAAUCGACAUCAGGUACUGGUGCUUUAGAAUUGACAGUAACCGAGUCAAAAGGACCAAAAAGCCGAACCUCAUCAUCCAAAGAUGAUCCAACUAAAGGUAUUUCCAAUCUCCAUGCUCCUCCAUCGUCCUCGUCGUCUUCAUCAUUCCCAAUGUCCUCGAUGAUUUCUCGCCUAGAGGAAACUAUUGCUCGAAUAACUGGUCCAACAUCGACAUCCAGUUCAUCUACACCGAACAUGACGAUGACCAGUACUACUACACCAAUGAUCGGUUCAAAUAAUAUCAAUCGAAGUACUAAAAGUAAUCAUAACAAUAGUCAAUUAACAAGUAAUAGUCCAAGUCCAUCUUCAGUUCAUUCAAAUAGCUCGAAUCCUGGUACACCUUUGGCCAACCAUCAUCACCACCAUUCGGCAACACAUCAUCAAUCCUCUCGUUCUCAUCAUCAUCGAUCCUCUCCAUCAACACGAAAACAACAACAAAAUACUUCACAUCAUUCCACUUCCUCAUCUUCUUCCCACCGGUCACAUCAUUACUUGACCCACUCCACUCAUCGAUCUGAUCCUCUUUCAUCACCUCCCCCACCACCAGCCACUUCAUCAACCACAACCACCACAACAACAAUAUCAAAAGUUACGCCUCAUUCCCAAUUAUCUUUAUUAAGUAAAUUACAUCAACAAACCGAUCUAACAAUUACUAAAUCUCCAAUUAAACGGGAAUCACUUUCAGAAUUAAGUGAAGACGAUCAACAAUUAAUUGGACCACAUUCACCUAAACGUCGAUUCCGGUCAAGAUCGGAAGAGGAAUCAGCUGGUUCACCUGAUCGAUCUAAUCCGAUUUCACCUGAAUCACUUCGAUCUCCUGGUGUAUCAACACCCGAUUCCAUUGAUUCAGAAAGAUCUCAGGCUGAAGACUUAUCCAAAAUUAAGUGAAUCAAAUUUCCAUUGAUUAACUGGAUUAACACUCGAUAAUUUGAUUAGACACUUUUAAUCAUCUUCUCAACUUUUAGGUUUUGUUUUCAUUCAAUUACUAUUAUAUAAACAACAAUUUCAAUGAUAAUAAAUUUGAAUCCAAAUUUCAAAGCAAAAAUUGAAACAAUUAUGAU